ACAUGAGGUUCGUAGCAGCACUUGUUGUUCUGUGUGGAUGGACGUACUCAGUAUCGGCGGACGGGAAGUGUGGUCGUGGCUGGUUCCAGUAUAAAGAUUCCUGUUAUUUCAUCAGUGAACGUCAGAAGUUUACCUGGUUUGAUGCUUGGAAUGCGUGCUGGAUCCUACAGGGUUAUCCGGUGGAGAUUUCAUCAAGAAAUGAGCAGAAGUUCCUUGGUGGGAAAAUGGGCGACGGGGCUUACCACACGGGAGGAAAUGAGAUACUUGGCAGACUUAUAUGGCACACAGGGUUACGUCGCUUUGGGUACAAGUCUCUCGACUGGAGAGGCAGAGAUAAAAAGAAAUUUCGUAACCGGAAGUGUGUUGCGGCCAUGCGCAUCGGCGGGAAAAUGAGGCUUAUCAAGAAAAGAUGUCAUUCUUUGGAGAAAAUCAUUUGUGAAAGACCAGUUAAUCUGUUUAAAUGGUAUUCCCCAUGA